AUGCCUCGUCAGUCGCAGUACGACAUCCCCCAGGGGUUGGAAGGAUAUGUACCGUAUAAAAUCCAAGACGAUCGGCAGGCGAGUUCCUACAACAGACCUUGGCACAUCGCUAAGAUUGCUCUUCGUGGCUGCAAUAUCGUCUUCAGUAUCAUCGUUAUUGGUCUCACAGCACACGCUGCAGCCUGGCUAUGGUAUUGGUCCCCGUUUUUGCUCUGGUUCGGCGCAUUUCCGGCUGCAUUCGCCAUCUGCUGGGACUCGGCCGAGCUCAUCACUAUCUGCGCGAGAGGAGGCAGAAGGGGAAUCCACCCCGGUGCACACGUCGCCCUGCACCUGAUCUUCUGCCCAGUCCUCGCGGCAGGAAUUGCAUUCGAGUCUCUUCAACUCUGGUUCAGUGGCUAUCCCGAUUCAUGGUACGGCGGAGACUCCAUCGCCACAAAGCAGCAUGCCGCAUUGGCGUUCACCUGCUUGUUGUUUCUCAUUCACUUCGUUCUCUUCGUCCGAGCCUGUGUCGAGACUCACCAGCGCAACUCCCGUCCUCCCAUUUACAUGGUUCCUAUCAACACGCCGACGCCGCUGCAAGCCGUUGGAUCAAAUCCGGCUUUCCCGUGUCCGCCGCAGCAGACGCAACAUGCCCCGGAUCAUCAGAGCAGGGAAAUGACGGGUGCCGACGGCCCCACAGAGACAAUGAUAUCGGCUGGGCCAAACGGGACGUACUAUGGCCCUGUAUCCCGGGCCUAG